AUGGAAUCUUAUCAUGGUGCUGUAUUAACUCCAAAUGAUGCUUUAAUUCUUUUAGAAGCUUCAAGACAAAAACUUAUUCCUAAAAUAACAAGACGUUUAAAAGAUUCUGAAAGAGAAUUAAUUAAACCUGGUUCAAUUUAUAUUUUCAAUGAAAAAGAAGCCAAAAUGAGAAGAUGGACUGAUGGUAGAAGUUGGAGUGCUUCAAGAGUUACAGGUGCUUUUUUAACUUAUAGAGAAAUGGAAGUUCAAAAUGGUGGUGAUGAACAUAAUUUAACAGAUUUUAAAUAUAAAUCAAAUGGAUUAAUUAAACAAUCUUUCAGUUUGACUACUUUAAAUAAUGAAAAAUUACAUUUAAUUUCUUAUACAACUACAAAGGAUUUUACAAAUUUAAAAUUUAUGAAUUUAACACCAUCAAAUGAUCCAUUAUUAAAAGAUAUUAAAAUUCCAAAGAAUAUUUAUCCACAACAUGCAUUCCUAGAUAAUCCAACAACAUCAACAACUUCAACAUCAUCAUCACCAAAUUCAUCAAGAAAUCAAUCAACAUCAUCAACAGAUUCAACAUCACCAAUAAUCAAAACAAAAUCUCCAAUAACAUCACCAAUUUAUAAAUCAUUUAGAUCUAUAUCACCAAGUCUUCCAAUUCAAAUAAAAUUACCACAAUCAUCUAUCCCACAACAAAUACCCUUACAACAACAACCUAUACAACCUAUACAACAACAGCAACAACAACCAUUACCAUUAUCAACACCACAUUCAAAAGAUCCAAGAAAUCCAAGAGAUUAUCAAACAAAUUAUCAAGUUCAAUUACCACCUAUAAAAAAUUUAAAUUUUAAUAAAUUUAAAAUUGAUUAUGAUGAAAAAGCUUUAAAUCAAUUGAAUAGAUUUUUUUGA